CUUCCCUUCCCUUCCCUGUAGUUUUCUCUCCACUUUCCCUCACCUCCCAAACACCAAAGACCCUAACUUUCCCCAUUCCCAUAUCUCGGAAGCACUUGUUGAUGACAGUGCGCGGGCCCAAUUCCUGCUCUUAGCGAGAAAUUUGGCUUGUGGGAAGCGCGGAUUCGAAGCUUGAAACCUAGAUAAGAGAGAGGCAUUUCUUCAAUCGGGGCAGAACCGGACAAUGUCGGGCCCGCCGAGAUUCCGGUCGUUGAACAUCGCCGAGCCGGAGAACAAGGCCCCGAAAACCCCGGCGAAGAAGCAGCCCCGCAAGCAACAGCUGGAGGCCAAUAAGGAGAGGAAAUCGGGGAAAGUGGCGGCGGUUCUGCGGCAGAAAUCGAUGAACGCGUCCUGCUCCUCGGAAGCGUCUUCGGACUCGACGAGCAGCAGCAGCCGGGCGUCUUCGUCUUCGUCGUCGACGUUGUGGUCUGCCUCGGGUGGAAUGCGCCGGAGCGUUGGCGCUGUUAAGAGGCGGCAAUGUGGAGUCAAAAUUGACAAGGAGGAAGAAAAAAUUGGCGGCGGUGGUGGAAUUGCGGCAGCGGAGGAGACUGGCGACGGUGGGUUAGCGAGUAAAGUCGAUUGCUUUGAUCAGAGCAAGAAGAGGUGCCCUUGGGUUACUCCUACUACUGAACCAUGCUACACAGCAUUUCAUGAUGAAGAAUGGGGAGUGCCAGUCCAUGAUGACAGGAAACUCUUCGAACUACUAUCUUUGUCCGGUGCCUUGGCAGAACUAUCAUGGCCUGCCAUCCUCAAUAAACGGGAGGCAUUCAGAGAAGUGUUUCUAGGUUUUGACCCACAUGUUGUGUCGAAACUGAAUGGGAGGAAGGUCAUCAUGGCAGGAAGCCCUGCCAGCUCCCUACUACCAGAACAGAAGCUGCGAUCGAUCCUUGAAAAUGCACGCCAAAUUUGCAAGGUUGUAGAAGAGUUUGGGUCAUUCGACAAGUACAUGUGGAAUUUUGUGAACCAGAAGGCCAUAGUUAACCAGUUCCGGUACACCCGCCAGGUUCCAGUGAAGAAUUCCAAAGCAGAGGCGAUAAGCAAAGAUCUUGUGAAAAGGGGAUUCCGUAGCGUGGGGCCUACAGUUAUAUACUCGUUCAUGCAAGUAGCCGGCCUAACGAACGACCAUCUCGUCAGUUGCUUCCGGUACCAUGAAUGCAUAACAGGAGCAGAAUCGAAGGGAACAACUGCAGAAGGCUGUGAAGUCCAAGACGGGAAAGAAAGAAGUUAAGAUGAGCCAUUCAAUGGAUUUGUGGAUAGCGAGAGAGUACUGGUGAAGUGAGAGAUAAAUGGUUGUGGGAUUCCCUGUCGUGGUUCGUUUACCAGCUACUACUACUGCAGAAUUGAACGUGGGGUAAAUGCUUUGCAUCUGGGAAUGGAGCUUGUGUAAAAGUACUUGGAAUAAAGGUGUCAAGGCAGCUCUGUACUGUAUAUAUGUUGGUUCAUUCAUUGUAAUGUAUGCAAGAUAAGUUGUAUGUUCAUCAUCCAACAGGAUUCUGGGUUUGUUUUUGGAUUAAUGCUAAUUUGGCCCAUCGACUUGGAUACUUUUCUCAACUGAGACCCCGAAUUUGGGUCGUUUGGAAGUUAUGAUU